AUGAGCUCACGCCGCCGCCCGCCGGGCCUCCCGGGCCUAACUCGCUCCAGAUGCCGGCUCGCCGGCCGCCGGUCUGAGCAGAGGACGGCCCUCUGGCGCCCCCUGCAGGGGACUGUGGCGCGGCUCCCGGAGGGGGCGGACAGGCAGCGCAGGGCCGGGGGACCUGCGGUCCCAGUCCACGACCCCUCCCUGCUGCGCUCAGCCUCCAGGCGCCGUGUGGCGGUCUCCCCCCACAAGGCUCCGCUUGCCCGAACCUCGGGGUCUCCCUCCCCCAGCCCCCGGUUCCCGGGACGCCUCCACCAGGAGCUGGUAUUUCCCCGAAAUCGCGGGCCCGUGGCUGACCUCACGGAGAUGACGGCUGGCUUUGGGCCAGGGGGCGGGAGCCGCUCCUGGCUACAGGCCAGGAUCCGCUACUCCUGCCCCUCGACCACCGCCCCCCUGGCCCGGCCCCGCCCCUGCGCACCCCCCGGUUUGCCUCCAGGCCGCGAAGGGGCGCCGCGAGAGGGCCGAGGCCGCGGCGGUGCCGAUGGCAUCCCCGGCGGCCCCCGUGGCGGCGGCUCCCUGGGCCUCCUGGUCUGGCUCCUGCUCCUUCAGCCCGGGCUCAGGGUUGGCCUCGAGGACCCCAGGGCGAGCCUGCGGACGCCGCCGCCUGAAGGGGUUCCGGGAUCCUCUGGGGCCCCCCGAAUCCCAUAUGACCGCGGUUCUUUUUCCUACACUGUCCUCGCCCUAGUGUGUGGCUGAGUGAUCAUGAAAAUGUUGGGAGGAAAGGAGGCAGAAGAAGGUGAGUGGCCCUGGCAGGUGAGCGUGAGGAUCAGUGGCAGACAUGUAUGUGGAGGUUCCCUUGUCACAAAGCAGUGGGUGCUCACUGCAGGCCACUGGAUUUUAAACCGUUUCCACUACAGCGUCAAGAUGGGAAGUUGGAGUGUCUAUAAAGAAAUCACAAGUAUGGUGUGGUCCCUAUCCAAAACGUCAUUGUCCACUCUCAGUUCUCAAGUUGGAACCAUUCAAAACGACCCUGCCCUUCUUCAGCUCCUCUACCCUAUAAAUUUCGCCAUGACCAUCCAGCCUGUAUGCAUCCCUAAGGAGACUUUCCAGGUGGAAGCUGGGACCAGGUGCUGGGUGACCGGAUGGGGCAGAAGAGAAGAAUUUGGUGGCGAACUCUACUCAUAUAUUCUCCAGGAGGUUGACCAGUACAUCAUCUACUAUGACAGAUGUAAUCAGGUGGUCCAGAAGGCCAUGUCAACAAAUAAGGAUGUAGUAUUAAAAGGAAUGAUCUGUGGCUAUAAAGAUGCAGGAAAGGAUGCCUGUCAGGUAAAUUCUGGGGGCCCCCUGGUCUGUGAAUUUAAUGAAACGUGGGUCCAGCUGGGGAUUGUGAGCUGGGGCAUCGGCUGUGGUUGUAGAAAUGUGCCUGCAGUUUACAUAGACGUUGGUGUCUAUGCUAAGUGGCUAGUCACAGUGGUGAACCAGGCUACCUCUUUGUAUCUGGUGGUGUUCCUUAUCCUACCCCUGUGUCUGGUGCUGCCCCUGGGCAUCCUGGCGACCCCGUGAUCACCCUGGCCCAGUCCCCCCAUGUUUCUGAGUCUCGUACUAGGCCUC